AUGUUCAAUAGAUUCUCGAGCCGCGAAGACCCGCCUGCGUCCAUAUCAAGCGCCGCCCGAAAGAUCAACCGGAGCUGCACAGAAUGUACGCGCCGCAAGGUGAAAUGCGACGGCGGUCAUCCAUGCGGGAGCUGCUCGUACUAUAAGAUUUCCCAUAUUUGCCAGUACCGCCAACGGACCAAGCGAAAUGCCGUGAGUAGAAGUGCUCUUGGCGAAGUUUCAGACCAACUGCAAUCACGAACAGACGUGCUGCGACGACUGUUUCCCAAUAAUGAUCUCGAACAACUCAACAGCAAGACUCGAUCCGAGCUUAUCGAUAUCCUACUUGCUCCACUCCGGCCUCCCACUGUGACAGCGACCGAAACGGCCAGCAAGCAGUGCGCUGAAGACGAGGAUCCUGACGAUUCUGGUCAAGUCUCGGUGAAUGGGGAACUUGCGGUCGAUCGGCAGUGGGAUGAGGCUACACUGCAUCCCUCGAUGAUACACGCUGGCGAUGAUAUCAACGCCAUCAAUAUCGCGACUGACGGACAUCGUCGAUCGUACCUGGGCAUUGCUUCCAUCAGCGCCAUCUUCCGAGCCAUCUUUCGGCUCUGUCCAGCAGCGAAAGCCCACGCCGUUGAACAAGCAAGGUCUGCAAGCCAGAUCCAGAUUCCGUCUUCAUUACCUUCCUUCAUCAACGGCCAACAAUUUCGGGCCCCCUUGGAAGAACAGCGGUGUAUCGACUUCUACUUCGAGCACAUCCACUCCAUAACGGGCAUGCUCGACGAAACCGAGUUUCGCACGUCGUACGCGCUGGGAACCCGGCAGGAGCCUUCCUGGCUAGGGCUCCUGUACAUGGUCUUGGCCCUGGGUUCCAUUGCAUCUGGCAGUGACGUUCUCCACGAACAGUACUACCAGCAGGCGCGUUCUUUCAUCAACUUCGACUGUCUUGGGUCUGGCAACCUAGAAAGCCUUCAAGCUCUGGCGUUACUUGGCGGCUACUAUCUGCACUAUCGAAACUCGCCGAACAUGGCAUAUGCGGUUCUAGGAGCAGCUCAACGCGUAGCCAUCGCUUUGGGUCUUCAUCGCGAGCCUCGACGUCAGGCUUCAAGUGCCGAGCCUGCGAUAUCUCUGGGACAAAUUUCGCGAAUUGAGACGCGUCGAAGAACAUGGUGGGGUCUGUUCUGUCUAGACUGCUGGGCCAGCAUGACCCUCGGCCGACCUACGUGUGGUCGAUGGGAUGACAGCACCAUGGACACUCUCUUACCAGUAGUAGCCCCUGACGACCACAUUGCAAUCUGCUUGAAUGCUAGCGCUCAAUUUUGUCUCAUUGGGAACCGUAUCCAGGCACGGUAUGCCCAAUUUGGUCGGAUGACAGCUCAAGAGCUUAUCGCAUUCGACAACGAGUUGCAAGGUUGGCGUGACGAUCUGCCAGAAAUAUUGCAGUCUUCGACUAAUUCGCCAUCUCGCAUCACUAUUGCCCGCGAGUUUAUGCGUAACAGAUAUCUGAACGUGCGCUUGAUCCUUCUGCGGUCGCAACUCCUUUACCUUGCCAAUGGGCGCAUUCGAAGGGAGGAUCUCUCGCCUGAAGAGCACCAGCUUAUCGGCAACUGCAGAACUGUUGCAUGUGAAGCCGUGGAUGCCGCUGCCCUGAAUUGGACCUCGAAUCGCGUUCACGUCUGGAACUCGGCUUGGUACCUAUUUCAAGCCAGCAUGGUCUUGUUGCUGUCCAUUGUCGUGGAGAGUAGAGCUCAAAUGGAAGGAGAAGGAGAAGGAGAAGAAGAUACGAUUGACCCUCUGCGCAACCGAGUCAGGAAAGCUCUACAUACAUUUACGGAGAUGCGCCCUUGGAUGCGCGACUCAGACCGGUCUCCGGAAAUCGUGGCGGUGAUAUUCGAGGCCGUGACGUCCGACGCCUCGGCACUCCAGCGAACUCCAUCAGGCACAGAUAGGGAGUCGAACUUCUUUGGCUGGUACGAUGAACAGUUUCAUUUUGGAGGCGAGCCUGACUGGGGCUCUAUUCUCCUAGAGGAUGAAAUGCAGAGACAGCUACUACCGCGCUCGUAA